AUGUUUAAGAGGACGGGCGCUCCCACUCUAUUUAGCUACAUAUCCAUGCGUUGGUUUCGGUUUAUGCCGUCCAUGAUUGGCAUUAUCUGCUUUCACAUACUGUGGCCACUCAUGGGCUCCGGACCCGUGUUCAAGAAGUACGCCAACGAGCUAACUGAGCCCUGCAGUCGCAACUGGUGGACAAAUAUAUUAUUUAUUAAUAAUUGGUUAUUACUGCCGGAUAUGUGUUUAGUCCACACGUGGUUUAUGAGCGCCGACUUCCAGCUCCACAUACUAUCCUUUUUCGCGAUACUGGCCUUAAGUAAGACCUGGAGCCGAGGUUUCGGUGUAGUCCUAUGCACUUCACUCAUACUAUGCGGGAUCGCCAUCCCCUCCCUCGUCAACUACAAGACAAACGGUCCGCCAAUGCCUAUGCCUUUCGAGGAACCGGAUUUGGAUCAGUUCUACAGAGACCUCAACACC